UUGAACUGACAAAGAAGGACUUCAUGGAAGCGAAAAAAGCAGUGAAUGCAUCCGAAGCUAAACUUAAAGUGCUGGAAACAGCAGCAGUCAUCGCAUCUAAUGCAUACAGAAAUAGUUCAACCUAUUUGCGAAGAUGGAAUAAGGAAGCAUCAACAAAUGACUCAUUGAAUGAUGCUAAAAUUACACAAGUGUAUUGGAAAGCUCGUACUGAUUUUGCCGACGGCACAGAUGAACUACGUGACAAAAUAAAACUAUUGGAAAUGAAGAGGAUUGAUUUUUUAAAAUUUAAAAACCUAGAAGAUAGAAUAAACUGGCUCCUGACUGAAAUGGAGGAAGAUGCCAAGCAGUAAUAAUGAACUGCGGGGAAGGGAAUUCGAUACCAAGGGAAUUCAAGCGAUAUUGAUGAAGGGAAUACAUUGUUUGCUUAUCACUUUUUUGUUUAAUUAAAUAUAAUAUUUUUUCUUAA